GCUUCACUGAAGAUUUAUUUGCAUUUGAAAUGCACUGGAAAAGUGAGCAAAAACUGGAUUGCUGCAAUGUUGAUGAGAAUGAAAACGGAUCCAUAUUAAUGUCAAAUGAUGGGGACACAUCGGUGGAAGUUUUGGAUGAGGAUUCGUGCUCCCGUGGCUCAUCCUCCUUGUCGCUGCAGGCGAUGGCAUCUGCACCACUUUUGGGUAGAACUGUUUGUUCGAGCUGCAAUGAGGAAAUUGUGGAUAAAUAUUUGCUAAAGGUUAACGACUUGUGCUGGCAUGUGCGUUGUCUCUCCUGUAGCGUGUGCCAGGCAUCGCUUGGCAGUCAUACAAGUUGCUACAUCAAAGAAAAAGAGGUCUUCUGCAAACUUGACUACUUUAGAAGAUAUGGCACCUGGUGCGCCUGCUGCGGCCGCAACAUUCACUCCACAGACUGGGUCCGUCGGGCUAAGGGGAACGUGUAUCACCUUGCGUGCUUCGCCUGUUUCUCCUGUAAGAGGCAGCUGUCCACGGGAGAGGAGUUUGCGCUGGUCGAGGAGAAGGUCCUUUGCCGUGUCCAUUACGACUGCAUGCUGGACAACCUGAAACGCGCUGUUGAAAAAGGAACUGGUGUAAAUGUUGAAGGCGCAAUGCCCACUGAGCAGGAAGUGAACCAGCCAAAGCCUUCAAAGAGAGCACGCACUAGCUUCACUGCAGAUCAAUUGCAGAUAAUGCAAACCCAGUUUGCCCAGGACAACAACCCAGAUGCCCAGACUUUGCAGAAGCUGGCUGAGCAGACAGGCCUGAGCAGGAGAGUGAUACAGGUGUGGUUCCAGAACUGCCGUGCGCGCCAUAAGAAGCAUGUGAGCCCCAAUCACUCGUCCUCCAGCACGCUGACCUCGCUGCAGGCCGGACGCCUCUCCCAGCCCACCCCAACCCCCGAGGAGCUACAGUACACAGCCUACGGGGGGCCUGAAGGCCCAAUGCUUUCUGCACUCCACUCCUUCAUAGACGUGCACUCCCCUCAGUCUAUGCUGUUCCAACCCCUGCUGCCCCCUCACACCAUGACCUCUCUGCCUGUGUCCCACGCUUGAGCUACACACACGCACAAACAUCCUCAGGCACUACCAGGGAUUCACAAUGUCCUGACUCCUUAUCCCAAGCACAGACAUGCGGUAGAAGUCCUCACUAUUAUUCUGUUGGUUUCUGUAUUGUUAAGGUCAUGAUUACUAGAGAAAUCACUAUUUCUUAUCCAAACAUACACUAUAAUUCAUUAUAUAUAGUUUGACAUACACAUAUAUUGUGUAUUGCCAUGGGUUGAGAUAUCUGUGUAAAAAGAAAGACAUGUAAGCUGAAGGUAUUGGGGAGGUUCAAUGUGACAUUGUGGAUGUGUUCCUUUGUGUACUUAUUACAAGGUGACACAACUCAACUUCAUGACAAUCACUAAUUCAAGCAUUGAGAACAUUCUGUAUGAUCAUUGAUACAUAUUGAAACCUCAUAGUGCAGUUGAACUGAAAUUAUCAUAUGUGUAUGCAUUUAAUUUAUGGAUGUUUAUUUAUUUGGUUAUUUAUUUAUUUAUUGUAUGUACUGUAUGUGUGAUAUCUGUUUAGAAAAUAAAUGUUGAAUGCAUUUUUAAUGAUUCUCCUCCCAUAAAAAACAUACAGCGAUCAAAUACUGUACAU